AGGCCUAUUAUUGGCUCCACUCAAUAAUGCCGUUCAUCAGAUCACCAAUGAAAGAAUUUCUUUUAGACAAAAUCUCAGGUAAUGAUAUUACAUCGCUCAUUCCUACAUUUUCCUGAACAGUGUUUAUAGAACUAGAGCUUUCAUUAUCAUUAUGAAUACCAAUACUUGACAACCGUCUGUUGUUAACUGUACUACAAGAAUUACACUUCCACUUAUGACUCUUCUCCUUUUUAAAAGUUGCAUAGAUUUUGUCAAAUUCGGUUUUGAAAAGAUUAGAGCAGCCUUUGUGAAACCAGGAACGACACAAGCUGCAUUUAACGGAAAUUGCUCCUGAUUUAAUUACUUUAUCGCAACUGCUACACAGUUCCAUGACAAGAAACUCAAAAUCAUAACGAAAAUAAAUUAAUGAAAGUCCUUACUUUGCUACUUCGUUGACUCAAUCACAAAUCAGCAUUAGGAUACAUUAAUUUCCACACCCAUGCGGGCCAAUGAAAUCACGGAUCGCUUUCGGAUUUUGUCAGUCGGCAUCGUCGAAAUAAUCGGCGGGACUGUUGAUGUGGUUUGCUAACCUCACUUUCAAUUUUCAGCUUUGAGCUUUGAGUUUUCGAAACGUUUUGUUGUUUAUUUACAAUUUGUGCGACCAAGAGUAGUUAUUAUUAAUUACAUUAUCUUGUUUCCUUGUAAAUUCAAAACACCACUGUAUCUUUACAUUAAUUUACUACACCUUUAUUCGGUGAACAUGGAUAUAAACAGGGAUAAUAAAUUAAUAUGUGAAGAUUGUGGAAAGUCAUUUUCUUCUACUUCAACAUUGUAUCGGCAUAUGAGGGAUAUACAUAAUAAAAAACAGAGUGAAAAAGAGAGCCAACACAUUAUUUGCCCCCUUUGCCUGAACAAAGAGAAGUUUACAUCCUAUGAUUCUUUAAUAAGACACUUUCAUAGUAUUCAUAAUAUACAUAUUAAAGAAUCUGUUUUAAAUUUUAGGAAUUUGGCAGAGUUUGAAAUUUGGAGGUCUGCAGAAAACAGAGAAGUAGAUUAUGCUGUUCAUCGAAGAAAGAAAUGUGCUAAUGGGGAAGAAUUUAUUUACUAUAAUUGUAAUAGAAGUGAUUCAAAAGGAUAUGUCAGUACAUGUUUGCAACGGAAUUUAAAGUCUAAAGAAAGCAUUCGUAUGCAAGGAAUGAAUCAAGAAUAAUAGUUAAAAUUCUAGUAGAUGGACACCCUGACGAAUUAAGAAGCAAAAGGCUAACAAAAUCGGAACAGGAGAUAAUUGUGGAUAAAUUAGCAGCAGGAGUUUCAAACAAGAGAAUUAUUCAGGAGGCCAGAAGCGUAGAUGGCAAUAAACUACAAAGGAAAAAUUGUAUAACAAGAGAAUAUUUAGAGUACCUAAUACGAAAAUUUAAUAUUGACAAGAAAAGGGACAGUGAUGAUAUGAUAGCCACAGUGUUAAAAAUUCAGGAAUGGAACAGUGAUGGAAAAAAUCAUGGAUUUUUAUUUAAACAGAUAGGAGAAACUUAUCCAGGAUUAGAAGAAGAUGAUUUUGCAAUUGGAUAUAUGAAUGCUAUUAUGGAAAAAAAAUUAAGAGAUUUUCCAAAAAUAAUCUGUAUAGAUGGAACAAAUAGGAGAAACUGGGACUUGACAAUUGUGUUAAUAAGAGAUGAACAAAAUAUGGGUUUUCCAGUGGCAUUCUUACUAAGUAACAGAUUAGAUCAAUUAAUUCAAGAGGUUUUUUUUAGGGCACUUAAAACUAGAUUAGGGGAAGCAGUUCAAGCUGAAUAUAUAAUGAGUGAUGACGAUCCAAAAUAUAACAAUGCAUGGAUAAUGGCUAUGGAUGCAGAACAUAAACCAAGAAGAUUACUUUGUACCUGGCAUAUAGUGAAAAAUUGGAACAUACAAGGAAGGUCUAAAAUCAAGAAGUUGGAAAAUAGACAGAUAAUGAAACAUGAAAUGAGGAAAAUUUUAAAGGGGACUGAUCCACAAAAUUUUAUACAGCUGAAAGAGAACUAUUUUAGGCAAUUAGAAGAAGAGGAGGAAACUAAUUUUCAGAAUUACCUGAAAAAGUACUAUUUCCAAAGUCAAGAGAGAAUAAUGAUGUGGGCACAUUGUUAUAGAAUCAAUGCCGGAAUUAAUACAAAUAUGGCAGUUGAAAGCUUAAAUAAAGUACUGAAGUACAACAAAAUGAAUGGGAAGCAGAAUAUUAGGAUUGAAAAACUGUUGGAUUUACUGGAUGACCUUGUUGAUGAAAGAAUGUGGAAAAGGAUUAUAAACAUGGAAAGGCCAAAUGCAAAUAAUUAUCAGCACAAAAUAUGUCAGAGUGCACAUAAAAAAGCAGAAGAAAUGGUGGGUAAUAACGGUAAUGUAUCAUAUUCUGAAUUAGGACAUUUUAAGGCAAGGUCGUUUAGUGAUAAUCAUAAAUUGUAUUGUGUAAAUUAUAAUGAGGUUUGUGAUGAGGACUGUAGGGCAAUGUAUUGUGAGAAGUGUAAAAUAUGUAAACAUAAAUAUAAUGGUGAUUGUCCAGACUAUACUGUUAAAAGUGUCAUGUGUAAGCAUAUACAUGCUGUAGCUUUAUUUGAGCAGAGGAGCGAAUAUGUAUCAGGUUUCAUGGAUGAAAUGCAAGAAGAUAAUAAUCUGUAUGUCAAUGAACCUUCAACAAGCAAGACAGUUUAUGAGAAUGAAGUAAAUUAUUUUCUUGACGAGACUGAAAAUAGAAUGAAUGUGACAAUUGAUUUUGAAAGAAAGCGUGAGAUUUGUCUAGAACAGUUUUGCUCUGAAAUUCGUAAUUAUGGUGGUGGAUUGGGUGAACAUGAUUUAGAAAAAUUUAUGGGUGAUUUUAGAAAUUUUAUGCAGACAGUAAAACAAAAAGAAAUGGUGAUGAGUAAAAAAAGAAAAAUAGAAAAGCAGCAGUAUUAUCUCAACGAAAAACCUAAAUAAAUUUAUUUAUAAUAAAAUGUUUAUAACUAUUUCAUUACUGAAUGACAUUGCUUUUGUGAGUGACCUAUUCUGGUAUUAUAUCUAAGUGGUGUUGGCUAUUUGUAUUCAUGUAAUUCGUUGGCUUAUGGUGAAGGAUACUUAUAAAAUAUAUUUUUUUAAUUUUAAUUUUGCCUUUGUUAUAAUUAACUAAUAUAUUAGUGUUUGUUUCAUA